CAAUGGAGAGCAGAGCAGAGCAGAGCAGCAUUUCCUGUCGCUGUCGGUGCCGCUGGUCGCGCUCUGCUCGAUUUGGCUAGGCCUACGAAGGAAUCUUAAUGAAGUCAUUGUGUUGUGUCCUCUGUCCUCACAGAACGUACGAGUAUGUUCAAAUGUAUCCCAGUGAAUGGCUUCACCGGCACCCGAUUAUAUUACACCGGUUGUAUCCAUGCAGUUCGCUUGGAAAAAACUCCCAUUAACUGCCCUCAAAGUAUUCUAGGCAAAAGCUAGGCAUUUGGACAAAUGCCAAGCGGCUGGCUGAAAGAAAAUAGCAUGCAAAUCUCAUACAUAACACCUAAAGUCUUGUCGCCCAAACUACUCGGAACCUUCGAGAGUUGGGAACAUCUCUAGGGCACCGCAAGUGUACGUCAAUCCUCGUAAGCUGCACACUCUAUUAAGUAGUCCCAGCGACAGGAACUUACGGGCGGUCCUUCUUGAUAUGCCAGUCGCCUUCAACAAUGUCGUCCCCGAAGUCUAGCCACUCAUCGUUUGCCCUCCCCGGUCAACAUACAGAAGGCUUUGAGGAGCACUAUAGACGAAAUCGGAUCCGAAGUUUGUUCCAAAAGCUUCGAAGAAACAAACGCACUGUACCGUUGCAACUGCUGCACGUUGCAACUGUGUCUGGUAUUUACCACGAAUAUUUCGUUGCUAUGCCAGCUGCGAGUACAUAUGUGCAUAUUCGCAAAGUAAUACCAUUUGUUCUUUAUUUUAAAAUGUGCUUUAGGUUAGCUCCGCUUCCGGCUAAACCAUUCUGCCAUUCUAAACAGGGCCGUAAUCAUCUUUUUUUAUGGAAAGCAUUACUGUUUGGGAACAUUUCUGACUAUGCUUUAGGUCAGGGAUCCAGAAAUAUCUUGACAAAUUUCUUGCCGACAAGGCGUUGGUAGUUGGUAGAGUGGAGGUGCACUGAUGGUGGGUCUGAGUGGGCGCGUAGCUCUCAGAUCGCAUCCCAAUAGCCAUCCGAGAGAGCCAGUGCUAGAGGUGAUGUGUGUGAGGGCGGAGAGAGUGAGAGCUCUCAGCGUAGCUGUUGUUGUUGCUCUUGCUGUUGCUUUGAUGCUGUUGAUGGUGGUAGUGCUCGUGUGUGUGUGUGUGUGUGUGGCCUAUUGUAAUAAACAUGCAUUUAGUAUUCACCGUUAGCCGGGAGACAAGUGAAACCAAGAAACAUAGAACAAAAAACCAAAAAAACCAAAAGACAAAAAGUGCAUUGAAAGAGAGAGUGGAAGUGGGAGACAUUCGACGGAGAACGCGCCAAGAUGGCGCCAAAAAAAUCAACAAUUGUGCUUAAUGUGGAGCAAUUCAUCCACGAUAUCGAGGAGCGACCGGCCAUAUGGAAUCGCAAUUUCCACUGCAACAAGGCGUUCCUCGAGCAAAUGUGGGACGAGCUGAGCGGAGCGCACAAGUUGCCGAAGAUUGUGCUCAAGGCCAAGUGGAAGGGGCUGCGCGACAACUUCCGGGUGGAGUACAAGCGAAUACCGCGUGCCGACAACGGCGAUUUCCUGCUGGAUCCCGCCACCUUCGAGUCCAAGUGGCUGCACUACUACGCCCUACUCUUCCUAACCGAUCACAUGCGCCAUCGCCUGCCCAAGAACGAGCAGGAUCAGUCCUUCUACUUCAACCAGCAGAGCGAGGACUGCGAGAAGACUGUGGUGGAGCCAGACCUGACGAACGGCCUCAUACGACGACUGCAGGACAGCGACGAGGACUAUGACGAGGAUGAAAUGGAUGGCGAGGCGGACGGCGAUGACAGUGAGGGCACCCUAGAGGAUGCCAUGCCCACGCCUCCGGCCGCCCAUCAGACAAACCAAGUGAGCACCACGCCGCUGGCCACGGGAGUCCUGAGGGCGCAGGAGGAGGCCCACCAACAGGCCCUGCUCAAGGCAGGAUUGCUGCGCGCCCAGCUGAUGGAGCUGGAGAAGGAGGCGCAGGACCUGAGCAAGAAGCCGCACCCUGCCCCGUCCCAGGCGACGUUGGUGCAGACACUAUUGGAUCCACCGGCCGCCCACUGCUCCCCGCCGCCGAUGGUGACCACAACCUCGGCCCAAGUGGCGCAGUGCGGAUCAGCCGCAGUCCUGGCGCCGGCCACGACCACGUCCACGUCCGCCUCCUCGGUCUCCAGCAAUAUGGGGCCACUGGGCGCCAAGCGUUCGGUAUCCCCGCCCCCGCUGUACAACAAGGCCCACCAUCCGCUAGCCACACUCGCUGCCGGGCAUCACACGGCCAAAGAGCGCAGCGAUGACUUUGCGACUGCCACCGCCUCCGGCGGCGGGGGGGCGAGUGGCGAACACCUCAGCUUCACCCAGCACUCCUAUGCCAAUGGGCUGAUACCCGCACUAAAGCUGAAGCGACCCCGGCUCUCCGAGGACAGCAACUUCAAUGGCUCCUCGACGAUGGAUACACCCCUGGUGCCAGAGGACGACGACUACCACUACUUGCUCAGCCUGCAUCCGUACAUGAAGCAACUGACGGCGGCCCAGAAGCUGCGCAUACGCACCAAGAUACAAAAACUCAUCUUCAAGGAGCUCUACAAGGAGGAUCUCGAGGAGUCAAAGUAGUGGUUCUCCUCCUUAGCUUUUCCUCCUCCUCCUCCUGCACCUCCUUAAAUUCCCAUUAUAAGAACGCCCGCCAUAAGACUGUACAUACAAAUCCCUCCCCUUCCCCGUAGUGUAGCGUAGCCGUAAGCACAUAGUCCUAGACCGUAUUUGUCCAUAUGCCAUGCUACUUGAUUGACUUCUAGUUGAGCGCCACUCUCCGGGGGAUGCCGUCCUGGGGAUGCGCCAUUUACGCCUAAGCUCAAAAAUACCUUGAAAAUAAACCGUAAACAUUACAAACCGUAAACAUACAAAUGGCUCGAGAUCUUUGGGAGGAACGGCAUGGUCUACGGAUCACGGAUCACGGAUCGAUGAAUGAUGGCAUUUGCUAAUUCUCAUUUCACAAACAUUUUCAAAUAUCUUC